GAGAGAGAAAGAGAUCUGAGAGCAGAGAGACAGAGAGAGAGAGAGAGAGAGAGAGAGAGAAGGGGAAGAGAGAGAGACUACAGGAACGCAGUCAGUUGCCUGUGCUGCUCAGUACCAGAAACAGGGAGCUGGGGAGGAAAUGGAGGGGCUCAGGAUCAUCGGCGGGAACUGACAUUACAGACCAGGAGAGGAGAGGAGAGGGAGAACUAUUGGAGAGGAGAGGAGGAAAGGAAGGGGCUCGUCUGCACAACAGAAGAUUUCUAAGGAGAGAGCCCAGGAUUGAAUGGGACCCACUAUGCCGCCCAGUAAGAAGGCCAGGAGCCAGAACAACGGAUUAGUAGCCACCCAGGGUCUGAGUCCUUUCUACAGGGAGGCGGAGGCAACAGACCUGUCCUUGUCCCUGUCGGCCUCCUUCUCCAAGGCCGAGGACGAGGAGCUCACCAGCCUCUCCUGGCUCCACGAGAGCACCAACCUUCUCAACAGCUUCUCUCACUCGGGGCUCCGCUCCGUCUCCCCCCUGCAAGAUCCUGAUGGUCACCCCAUACCCCCCCUCUCCCCUUCCUCCUCCUCCCCCUCCCCCGAUCCAUGUGACUCCUCUUCCUACGACAUGGCCACGGGAGCCAAUAGGAAGCCCCCGUAUUCCUUCAGCUGCCUAAUCUUCAUGGCAAUAGAGGAUGCGCCAUCCAAGAGGCUGCCGGUGAAAGAUAUCUAUGGUUGGAUCCUGGAGCAUUUCCCCUAUUUUGCUAGCGCCCCUACAGGCUGGAAGAACUCGGUGCGCCAUAAUCUGUCGCUCAAUAAGUGUUUCAAGAAGGUGGACAAGGACAGGAGUCAGAGUAUAGGUAAAGGCUCGUUGUGGUCCAUAGAUCCAGAGUACAGACACAACCUGAUCCAGGCCUUGAAGAAGACCCCGUACCACCCCUACUCGCCGGGACUGGUUACCCCCUUCACCUCUUCUCCCACCUCUCCUCAGGCAUAUCACAGUCCUCUACUUUGGCCAAGGAGUCCCUUCUUCAGAAAGAAUGGAGUUCUCUUACAAGUUUCUCAAGGCGUGAUCCAAAAUGGGGCCUGCGUCAGGAGCCAUUGUCUGUUUCCUGUCAUCCGACCCCUACCCAUUAGCCCCGUGGGCAGAAGGACCACUGCGAUAAGGUCAGCUCUGGGAGACUACCUGACCCCCUGUGACACCUCCCACCCUCCCAGCGACGACCUCCAGGAGGACCACAACUACAGCAAUGCCAAAUCCCCCAGCAUGCCCUGUUCUUCCCAGGGGCCCUCCGUGUCCGAUGAAGACGAUGAAAUCAUUGCAGUGGAGGUGGGAGUCCACCGAGGGGUCAAAUCCGAACCUAAAGAAGUCCCACUGGACUCUGCCUCCGUCUCCUUCCUAUCCCAGCAUGCCCGGCGACGGGGACUGCCCUGGACCAAAAACCGCCUGCGGGCCCUGAGUGACACACUGCCGCUGAAGAAGCGCCGUUCGGCAGCAUCGGCAGAGAAGCCGCCGUUGGAGAGCGAUGAUGAGGAGAUGAAGGAGGCGGCUGGGUCGUUGCUCCACCUGGCGGGCGUCAGGGCGUGCCUCAACAACAUCACAAACCGAGCCAAGGCUGCUCAGAAAGAGAAGGAGCAGAAAGAGGCCCUCAGAAAUUAACUAAUGCCAGGCCAUAGAGAGGCCUACACAUCAGGCCUGUACACCUGGCCUACACACCUGGCCAGCACACCUGGACUACACACAUAUCGCCAUGGCCUAGAAAGUAAUAGCUGAGACACGCCACAAAGACCAACGGCUAAAAGCAGCGGGUUGGUGUGGUGUGUUGCAAGGUGUGUUAGCAAUCACCUGCUGGGUGUUGACAAAUGGUGGAGAUUCAACAUGUAGAAACGUUGUGAAAUGAACAGAAAUGGACAGCAGAUAUUCUGGUCAGAGUAGAUAGGAAGGACACCAGCUGCUUCUAACCAUUGGUGGUGUGUUGUGUCUCUGCUGCCUGAUUCCCACUAUUGACCCAAACUAAAGCCUAUACUGUGCUGGCUCUGAACAUGUAUUUUCAGAGUGUCCUUUCCAGCAUGGUUCCAGCAGCAACUAUGGUGGAUGAGGGUAACCAGGCCAGGAAGCCCCAGUACAUCUCGGCUUGGCUCAGCUCAACUUUGGCUUCCAUAGUGUGAAAAGGGUAUAUGGCCAGGCCUGAGCACAGAGUCCUUCAGUAGGACUACACACCAGGUCUACACACUGACCUAUCAACCACCAACGGGCCAAGACAUAGAACUCUAUUCAAGCAUUAGUCUCAAUAGACAUUACUUCAUCUAUCUCUCUCACUCUAUCUCUCUCUAGCUCUCUUUCUCUCCUCCAGGGGCAUUAGGAGCAUCCUACUUAUUUGUGGCAAUAUCAGAAAUCCAUGUUUUCCUAUAUGUUUCCUAUACGUUUCCUAUAUGUUUCCUAUACAUUUCCUAUACGUUUCCUAUAUGUUUCCUAUAUGUUUCCGAUACGUUUCCUAUACGUUUCCUAUACGUUUCCUAUAUGUUUCAAUGCUAACUCUGAUGGGUAAUUGAUUCUCAUGUGUCUCGGUUGAUGUUGAUGUUUUUAUGUUGUGUAAAGGGAUGCAAGCCAUAGAAAAAUAUGUUUUGUCACUAAUUAGGGAAAAACAUAGUAGAAAAUGUCAUGUUUGAGGAGACUAGCUGACCGGUUUGUGUAAUCUGUAAGUGUCAGAGGUUACGUCUGUGAAUCUGUAGCAAAUGUCCAGUAAUGUAAGCAAGGAAGUUGAGCCAAUAAUACUUACAGUUUUAAAACAGUUAAAACCUGCUGCUCACACCUCCUACGCCCAUGAGCACAACAUGUAAGACUGUGCCAAAGACAAGCGACCAGGUUGCCUGAUGUAGCCAAUCUGCUUACAAAGACAAAUGUAAAGGCAUAGCAACAACAUAUAUGGUAAUGUACGGCUCAGUUGGUGGAGCACGGCUGUUGCACCACCUAGGGUUGUGGAUUCAAUACCCGUGGCUACCCGCAUAAAUUGUGUUCAUGCACGACUGUAAGUUGCUUUGGAUAAAAGCAUCUGCUCAAUGGCAAUGAGUAUAUUAUUACAUCAGAAGAUCUUCAGUGAAGAGACAGGAGAAUACCGUAAAUGUCUACACAAUUGUAAAAAUCUGUUCUUAGAGAAUCACGCAUGCACUUAAUUGACAUUCAUUACAGCAAUUUAUAUUACCAAUAGUAAAGGCAUCAUGGAGAACGGGGCACGAUUCCUUUAAGAGCACUUUUUAAUAUUUAAGGAUAAUUAGAACUUUACUGUUACAAUGGUUUUUUGUUGUCAUGGUGAUGACUUAGUGCCGGGUCAGAGGCAAUAUAUCUCCUCCAUCUUGUGCUUGUUGCUCAUCUGCAUCUGAAAUGGCACCCUAUUCCCUUUAUAGUGCACUACCUUGUCCAGAGCGUCAUGGGCUCUGGCCAAAAGUAGUGCACUAUAUAGGGAAUAGGGUGCCAUUUCAGACACAGAUUCACUUAGACUUUGUCCCUCAAACUCUUCCAGAAUUUCUCUUCUAUUAAAAAGUGAAUGUCAGUUUAAAUAUACCCCAUGUUACGACACCUGCCUAUCAUUUAACAGACUCACAAAACUAUUUACAUAAAUUGUGGAUUCGUUGUCGUUUUUAUCUCUGUUUGAAAUGUUUCCCAUUCUUCCUCUACCUACUCUCAUGAAAGUAUAAGCAAUUUGUCCAGUCUGGACAACUGUAAAAAGGUUAGAAAAUAUUUUAUUUUUCCUUUCUUAAUUGAAGCAAUUUGACCUGCAGGACUUUCUCAGUUAUAUUGCAUGGGUGCUUGUAAAUAAGAUACAAAAGUAAAUCAUUUUUUAUUCAAAGAUCAUGUAAUAUAAACAAUGUAUUUAGCAUGAAGCAUGACUUAUUUUCAUAUAAACUUAGAUCCUACAAGAGAAAACUAAGUUUUUUGCAGACAAUUCUUAUUCCCUCGAUUUUUGUUUAAUUUAAUUUGAUUUUGUUUGUUGUAAAUUGAUAAUUGUAUUUCUUCAGAUGAGCAGAUUUAAAAAUACAAAUCUUCUUCAAGGAGAAAUGUUAUGGGGAAAUCACUCUGCAUUUAUGAGGCCCUUCUACUCUGGGCUUUAGGUAUAACAGACCUGGGUUUAAAUACUAUUUGAAAGCUUUCAAAUACUUUGAAUGACCUUGAGUGCCAGAUGGGCGGGGUUUGUACUUUGGGACUUUUCUAUUUGUUCCAUUGAGGCAAGCCCUAUCAAGCACAGCCCAAGUAUUUUAAAUAAGGUCAAAUACUGUAGCGUUUAAACCCAUGUCUGUUAGGUAUAAGGCGAGAUUGAAAAGCCUCUAGUCUUCUGCCUCUUAAAAGAUAAAUAUGUCAAUGGUCUAGUGUUUUUCAGAAGUUAUCAAUAGUGUGUGUGUGUGUGAGUGUUUGUGUGUGUCCAACAACCAUACACCCUUUAACAUUGUGCUUGUUCUCAAGGCGUUGUGUUCCGAUGUCUUUGAUUGACAUGAUUUUAUAUUGAACAGCACAUAUUUCUUUAUUUAUCACAGUAUUUUCUCAUUUUGUGAAUAUGUUACUAUUGGGUCCGAGUUUUCUCCUGGCAGAAACCUCAGUGUAAACUGACGGAGUAUAAGGAACUGUUUAACAUGGAAUUUAGAAUUCGUCAGAAUGUUCAGAACAGAAGUUCCACUGUUCUAAUUGGCUCCCUAGUCUACACCAGAUUAGCAUAGGCAAACCUUUUGUUCAAAGUUAUGUCAGAUACAAUAUAUUAAUGUAUGACUCAAUAGAGCCUGUUUUUAUGGAUUAUUUACUUUGGAAAAAUGACAGUACAAAGGGAAAGUAUUAUAUAAUGAGCGAUGUUUAAACCCUGCCAAUUGUUUAAGUUUUGAGUGAUUCUGUACAUUUAGCCCUGCCGUAGAUGAUUAGUGUAAGCUAUAAUGAGAAUACAUUAAAGCCUUAGUCAGUUCAUGCUCUGGUAUGUCCAUAUAUACAUGCAUACAUUUAAAUGUUUACCUUUAUUUAACUAGGCAAUUCAGUUAAGAACAAAUUCUUAUUUACAAUGACGGGCCUGCCUAGAACAACAUAUGUUUGACCUUGUCAGCUUGGGGAUUUGAUCCAGCAACGUUUCAAUUACUGACUCAAAGCUCUAACCACUAGGCUACCUGCUGCCCAAAACUGUACAAACAUACAUACAUACAUACAUACAUACAUACAUUGGAGUGAGAUAAUGAACAUGUUUCUGGUACAACCAGCAGAGGUAAUAGGGUUUGGACUGAGGUUAUGUGCAGAGUAGAGUCAGAGUAGAGUCAGAGAGGUCCAGAGAGAGUCAGAGUAGAGUCAGAGUAGAGUCAGAGUAUAGUCAGACAGGUCCAGAGAGAGUCAGAGUAGA